CACUGUUGUUGUGACGGUCUUCUUUCUGUAUGCUGCUAACGAAUCAUAUGUAUAGCACCUAAUACAGUGGUACCUUAACUUAGAUUUUUUAGUUUUUUACUUCGUGUUGCGAGCCAAAAUUCAAGCUUCGGAUAAGCCACUGCUCGAGUGAAGUGGUAAUAAAAAAAAUAAAUUAUCAAUUCAUCUUAUGUAAUGCCCUCACGUGGUUAAGGAGAUCAAACAAACACGACUAAAAAAAACGAUAACACUCACAAGGAGCUUCUAUAGGCCGCUACCACAGGUCCAGAAGCUCCCACACUGACUCCAGCUACUGAUAUCACUAACUAGGCCACGCCCCUUAAAGGCAGCCAUCAACAUGAAAAUACUACAAUAAUAAUACAGUAUGUACAGCAAUUAUACAUUAUAAAGCCAGUUAUUUUUUUUACAUUCUCUUUUAUUAUGUUUUAUACAACAAAGUACUUUUUGCAUUUAUUAAAAACGUAAAAAUAAUUUACGGUUUUUCAGGGGCUGAAACGAAUAAAUGUAAUUUCAAUUCAUUUCAAUGGAGAAAACUGAUAUCCAAUUAAACAGUUACUAGCCUGGUCACAGAAGUAAUUAAACUCAUAAGUCAAGGUACAACUGUGUCCUACACAUUGUAUAGUCUGUAGUAUAAUUGUUUAUGUAAAUGUUGCUGGAUUAUACGUAUCUAUGAUGUGCAAAUGCAGAGGUCCUCAAUUCAGCUCAUACAAUGUCGUCCCGUUCCUUUUAAACUGUCAGUUAUUUAAAGACAAGGAACGGUAACUGUGCAGUGAACCCCUGCCUAUUUGUGGUUUGCUACAGUCCCAUCCCAAAGUAUUGGAACGGCAAAGUCAAUUCCUUUGUUUUUGUUGUAUACUGAAGACAUUUCGUUUUCAGAUCAAAAGAUGAAUAUGAGACAAACGUUCAGAAUUCCAGCUUUCAUUUCAUGGUAUUUACAUGUAGAUGUGUUAAACCAGGGGUGUCAAACUCUUUUUUUUGUCUCGGGCCGCAUUGUAGUUAUGAUUUCCCUCAGAGGGCCGUUAGAACAGUGAAACCAUAUCAAUGUUUAAUCAUCACCAAAACAUAUUAUUAUCAUUACACAACAAAGUGAGGGAUAACUAGUUUUGAACUCAGAAGACAAGGACAAUAGUUUGUUCAAGUAUUGUUUAAGUUACUGUAGAAGAAGGUAACAGAAAAAUGCAAUAUCUCAACAUUACUGUUUAUUAUUAUGAAAAUUUGGAAUUUGGGUACAGAUUUUAGCAAAAAUCACAGAAGUUGACGAGCAUGAUCUGCUUUAAAAUGAUGUGGCGGGCGGCAUCUGGCCCCCGGGCCUUGAGUUUGACACCUAUGUGUUAAACAACUCAGGACAGAGCACCUUUUGUUUGAAGCCACCCACUUUUCAAGUGAGCAAAAGUAUUGGAAAAGACAUUAUUAAAUAAACUUAAAGUGAAUAACAUUUAUAAUUUGGUGGCAUAACCCUUAUUUGCAAUAACUGCAUCAAGCCUGCGACUCAUUGACUUCACCAGACUGUUGGAUUCUUCAUUUGAAAUGCUUUUCCAGGCCUUUACUGCAGUCUCUUUCAGUUAUUGUUUGUUUCUGGGAGUUUCUCCUGUCAGUCGCCUCUUCAGGAGGUGAAAUCCAUCCAUCCAUCCAUUUUCUUCCACUUAUCUGAGGUCGGGUCGCGGGGGCAGUAGCUUUAGCAGGGAUUUCCAGACUUCCCUCUUCCCUGCCACUUCAUCCAGCUCUUCCGGGGGAAAUCCCGAGGCGUUUCCGGGCCAGCCAGGAGACAUAGUCUCUCCAGCGUGUCCUGGGUCGUCCCCGGUGUCUCCUCCAGGUGGGACAUGCCCGGAACACCAAACCAGGGAGGCGUCCAGGAGGAGGUAAAAUGCAUGCUCUGUUUGGUUAAGGUCCGGUGCUUGAUUUGGCCAGUCUAAGACCUUCCACUUUUUCCCCCUGAUGAAGGCCUUUGUUGUGUUGGCAGUGUAUUUUGGGUCAUUGUAUUGUUGAAUGAUGAAGCCUCUCCCGAUUAGUUUGGAUGCAUUUUUCUGUAUACUGCCAAACAAAAUAGUUUUGUAGACUUAAGAAUUCAUUCUGCUGCUACCAUCAUGAGUUACAUAAUCAAUAAAGACGAGUGAGCCUGUUCCAGAAGCAGUCAUGCAAGCCCAAGCCAUGACAUUACCUCCACCAUGCUUCAAAGAUGAGCUUGUGUGUUUUGGAUCAUAAGCAGAUCCGUUCUUUCUCCAUACUUUGGCGUUUCCAUCACUUUGGUAGUGGUUAAUCUUGGUCCUAUCAGUCCAUAAAACGUUGUUCGAAAACCUUUGUGGCUCAUCUUCUUUGCAAAAUCCAAUUUGGCCAUCUUUUUGCUGAUGAGUGGUUUGCAUCUUGUGGUAUGGCCUCUAUAUUGCUUCUCUCGAAGUCUUCUUCUGAUACCUUCACCCCUGCACUGUGGAGAUUGGCAAACCAUUUUAGUAGUCGUAAUGGCGGCACACGCAGCGGCUUCUCUCUGUCCCGACCGAAUGGUGUUUUCGUUUCUUUCGUCUUAUAUGUCAGUGUUUUUAGCCCGUCUUCAUCAAGUCUACAUGUCCUAAGGCGCAGAUACAGUUUUACGGAGUUAAAGUCUACUCUCACUGAGGAGCUACAGAACUGCUGUCUGCUACGGGUGGCUACAACUCCGACCCCCACUCCUGCAUCGCGCCCACAGUGGAGGCGCCACGAACGGCGAAGGAGGAAGCAUAAGUGGGGACUACUCCGCUCUACCCACUACUGGUACGAGUGUGGCCAGAAGGUUUGCUAGAAGCGCUUCAAGACUGUUUUUCCACCACAAACUGGACCAUGUUCAAACAGGCUGCCACCUACAACUCCAUCACUGACCUUCAGGAGUACACAGAGACCGUUACCGCCUACAUUAGCAAGUGCAUGGAUGAUGUCACCAGCAUGGACAUUAGCAAGUGCAUGGAUGAUGUCACCAGCACCAAGUCCAUCACUGUUCGUGUUAACCAGAAGCCACGGCUGACGGUGGAGGUCUACAGGUCCGCAACGCUGCUUUUAGAUCUGGCAAUGAGGAGGGCUGAGGACAGCUAGGGCCAAUCUGUCCCGUGGCAUCAGGGAGGCCAAGAGGUAGUACUCCAGGAGAAUCGCCCACCACUUCAGUAACAGCAGUGACACCAGGAGUCUGUGGCGAGGUAUUCAGACCAUUACGGACUACAAAUCCUCACCACAAACCUGUGACAGCUCCACCUCCCUGCUAAAUGAGCUAAACAACCUCUUUGCUCACUUUGAGGCACACCUACACACAAGUCUCCACCCCUUCCUGGUGACCAGGUGCUGACACUGACCCGGGACAGCGUGAGAAGAUCCCUCAGCAGGAUCAACGCGCAUAAAGCCCCGGGCCCAGAUAACAUAUCUGGUCGUGUUCUGAGGGCCUGUCCAGCUGAACUCACAGAUGUCUUCACGGACAUCUUCAACACCUCCUUGAGUCAGGCUGUUGUCCCUACGUGCUUCAAAGCCACCACCAUCAUCCCGGUCGUCUCCCUGCUGCUUCAAUGACUACCGUCUGGUAGCCCUCACUCCCAUCCUGAUGAAGUGCUUCGAGUGGCUAGUCAUGCACCACAUCAAAUACCCCUUCCAGUUUGCAUAUUGGUCCAACCUGUCAACCGGUGAUGCUAUCUCCACCGCCCUCGACUAUGCCUUGACACGCCUGGAUUCGAAGGACUCAUAUGUCAGCAUGCUGUUCAUAGACUUCAGCUCAGCAUUCAAUGCCAUUGUCUCCCAACAACUGAUACACAAACUGGACCAGCUGGGGCUCAACACUUCGAUGUGUAACUGGCUGCUGGACUUUCUGACAGGGCGACCGCAGGCAGUAUGGGUCAGCAAUAACACAUCCAGCACCAUCACCCUGAACAGGGUGGCUCCUCAAUGAUGUGUGUUGAGCCACCUCCUCUUCACCCUGCUGACCUAUUAUUGCACACCAAUACACAGCUUCAACCUCUUCAUCAAGAUUGCAGACGAUACAACUGCGGUGGGUCUCAUCAGCAAUGGAAACGAGACAGACUACAGGAGUGAGGCGAGCCGCCUGGCCGUGUGGUGCACGGACAACAAUCUCUCCCUGAACAUGGAGAAAACCAAGGAGAUUGUUGUGGACUUCAGGAGAGUGCACUCCCAGCAUGCUGCCCUGAACAUCAACGGUGUUGCGGUGGAGAGCGUGCUCAGCACCGAGUUCCUGGGAGUGCACGUUACUGAGGACCUCUCUGGACCACCAACAUCUCAUCACUGGCCAAGAAAGCUCACCAGGAUUGCUACUUCCUACGCAAGCUGAGAAGAGCCAGAGCCCGACCCCCAUCAUGUGCUCGUUCUAAAGAGGUACCAUAGACAGCAUCCUUACCAGCUGCAUCACUGUGUGGUACGGAACCUGCACCGCAUCCUGCAGCAAGACUCUCCAUCGCAUAGUGAGGGCAGCUGAGAAGAUCAUUGGAACCUCUGUUCCCUCCCUGCAGGACAUUUACAGCACCUGCCUCACCCUCAAAGCCCUCCUCAUAGCGGGGGAUGUCGCCAUCCAUCUCACAACCUCUUCAGUCUGCUGCCAUCAGGGAGGAAACUGCGGAUUCUCCGGGCCAGGACCAGCCGACUUAAAGACAGGCUGUCAGAAAGCUGAACUUUCUGCCUGCUCUGCCCCAUCUACUUCUCUUUUCCUCUGCCCACCUGAACUCUGAACACCCACGCACCUGCGCAUCCACACACACACCCCUCCCCACACUGCCUUCUAAUUUUUAAAUGUCUUUGCUUUGGUACUCAGACUUUGACUAUAUUGCACAUCUCCUAAUCUUUAUUUUUGCACAUCUAAUUUAUACUUUUUAUAAUGUAUAUACCAUAGUUUUGUUUAGCUUCUUUACGCUGAUGUUUAUUAUUUAUACCGUCUUUUGCAGCACCGUGGGCCGUUGAGUACCAUAUUUUCAAUCCUCUGUAUGUGCUACGCAUAUUUUAGAAUUGACAAUAAAGGUACCCUGUACCUUUGUCUGGCACUUUAAAGAAAAAUGCAUCCAAACUAAUCGGGAGAAGCUUUAUCAUGGAACAAGACGACCCAAAACACACUGCCAACACAACAAAGGACUUCAUCAGGGGGGAAAAGCGGAAGGUCUUUGACAGACCAAGUCAAUCACCGGAUCGUAACACAAUAGAGCAUGCAUUUUACCCCCUGAAGAGGAGACUGAAGGGAGAAACCCCCAGAAACGAACAAGAACUGAAAGAGGUUGCAGUAAAGGCCUGGAAAAGCAUUUCAAAUGAAGAAUGCAACAGUCUGGUGAAGUCAAUGGGUCGGAGGUUUGAUGCAGUUAUUGCAAGGGUUAUGCUACCAAAUAUUAAAUGUUAUUCACUUUAAGUUAAUUUAAUCAUGUCUGUUCUAAUAAUUUUGCUCAUUUGAAAAGUAGGUGGGUUUAAACAAAAGGCUCUCUGUCCUGAGUUGUUUAACACAUUUAGAUGUAAAUACCAUGAAAUUAAAGCUGGAAUUCUGAACUUUUGUCUCGUAUUCAUCUUUUGAUCUGAAGCCCAAAUGUCUUCAUUAUACAACUAAAACAAAGGAAUUGACUUUACAGUUCCAAUACAUUUGGAGGGGACUGUAUUCCCAUAUUUGCGUUUUUCCUGUGAAACCUGUCCACAGCUUUUUGCUAAAAAUCUCACCUAUUUGCGAAUUUCUGUGCUCUUUUUGUAACACCCUAAGAUGCCACAAGAUAGUAACAAAGUCCUGAAUAAUAGAAAGGUAGUACUUGGUGUCAAAGAAAUAUUUUUGAAGUGAUGCAUCUCAACUGAGAGACCGAAGAAAAUUGUAUGUUAGGGAGGAGUUCAGCCGAGUUACAGAGAGUCUUCCCUUGCCUGUACACACACACAUUUCUGGGGCUUUGUCACAAAUUCAAAUCAUCUGUACGCGGUUAUGUAUUAAGGGUUAAGGAGUAAUGUUGUAGUAUGAGUGAAAUGAUAUUAAAACUAUUUUGGGGUCAUCACAGUUUAUGAUCUAUUUACGGUUUAAACUAUUAGUGCAUGCAAUAAUGGACAUUUUUAGGCAGUGUUUUUUUUUUUUCCAUUUGUGGCUGGGCUCGGUCUCUAUCCCCGCGUUUAGCGGGGUUUUGCUAUACUUAUCAUUAAUAGGAUGCACCAACCAUGUUUUGUGGUUCAGUAGGUCAGGGAGGUCCUCCACUAAUGACUGGGGUUGGUUGAUUAAGUGUUGUGAGACAGUGGUCAUUGAAUAUCCCGUGAAUACAAGGUCCAGCAACAUAAAGAUGCUUUACACCGGAAAAGGGGUGUCAAACACAUUUUUGUCACGGGCUACAUUGUAGUUAUGGUUUCCCUCAGAGGGCCGUUAUGACUGUGAAACCAUAAAAAUGUUUAAUAGGCUUAUCAUAUGAACUAGUUUUAGAAUCAGAAGUAAAGGAUAAUAGAUGAUUAAACUAUUGUUCAAGUUACUGUAAAAUGCUUGCAAUAUUGCAACAUUAUCAUUUAUGACAUGACAAUUUGAAAUUUUGUUAUUGAUUUGAACAAGAAUCAUGGAAGUUGACACGUUUUGCUUUCGCAGGCCACAUGAAAUGAUAUGUCGGGCCGGAUCUGGCGCCCCUACCUAAAGUUUGAUACCUGUGUAUUACAAUAUUUACACUAAUGCACUCAGAGAGCACAAACCUCCACCGAGACGUAAUAAAUAAUCUUGCAUCUCAGUAGGUAAAAGGAGUUAAUUAUGCAUAAAGAGCAAUAAGUUAUUUUUGAUGUAAGACGAUCCUUACAAUUACUGUAGAGGGAGGUCCUUGAUUUAUUUAUGACGAUUGAUGAGUCCUGUUCCCACGGCUGGCGACGUAACCCAAAUUUGUUCAUCAAUUGCAAUGCGCUGCAGUCCCUCACUAAUCUACAUUAGAGCAGUACUAAGUCAUAAUUCAAGUAGAUAUUUCAAUGAAAAACACUUCAAGGUCGUAAUUAUAAAAAAAUCAAAUCUAAAACAGCAAAAAAAGGACGGCGCUGAGUGUCUUCUCUUGUGUAUGAUGAUGUAUUCUUAGACUUAGUCUGUUUGUAACCUCGAAACAUAUGCCGCUACCACUAUAAACCAAGGACCACCUGUACACAUAUGAAACACAAUCUCAUUCAAAAGUAUUGGAACAGUGAAGUCAAUUCCUUUGUUUUUGCAUCAUUGUAUGUCAUGGCUGCAUUAGUAAAGUGUUUUUUACGCUUUAUCUUAAAGCCCUAAGACGUCGCCCAAACUUUCUGCACCUUUGGUGUUUUUUGGCCCGAAGCUCAAACGCAAGAGGAAGGUUAUGCCCCUCUACGAGAAAGUCAAGAUCCUCAAUAUGCUCCGCGAUGGGAAGACGUUUUCCGCAGUUGCACGUUGUUACGGAUUGAAUGAGUCGACGAUUCGCUCCAUCAAGAAGGAGGAAGCCAACAUCCGAUGUACAUUGGCCAUCAAUGGUGCGCACACCUCGAAGAGGGUGGUAAAUACACGUAAUAAGUACAUAGUAAGGAUGGAGUCGGCAUUGGUUCUGUGGAUAACCAAAUGCAGGGAGAAGAACAUUCCUUUGAAUACCAACGCCAUGAUGGAGAAGGCUAGAGAACUUUACCAGGAAUUGGCUGCAGUAAAUGCCGAACGUGACAAAGAAGACGACAACAAUCCUCAACCAGGACCAUCUUCCUCAUCGGAGGAACCCGUUGAAUUUCUUGCAAGCAAGGGCUGGUUUGAUCGGUUCCGGAAGAGAUACCAGCUGAAGAGUGUGUCACCACAUUGGGAAUCUGCAUCAGCAGAUGUGGAAGCGGCCAGGAAGUACCCAGAGACCUUCAAGUCACUCAUCAAAGAGAAGGGGUACAAGCCUGAGCAAGUUUUUAAUAUGGAUGAGACUGGCUUGUUCUGGAAGAAGAUGCCAACAAGGACAUCUAUCAUGAAGGAGGAAACCCAAGCCCCUGGAUUCAAAGGGCAUAACGAUCGUGUAGUGCUGAUUAUGUGUGCCAAUGCUGCUGGUUUCCUCAUGAAACCAGCAUUAAUCUACAAAUCGGCAAACCCUCGGUCCCUGAAGAGCAAGGACAAAAACCUGCUGCCUGUCUUCUGGAUGCAUAAUUCGAAGGUAACUAUAACAAAGCCCCUUAUAGGCGAGUGGUUCCAUGACAGUUUCAUCCCUCAGGCGACGCUGUACCUAUCAGAAAAGGGAUUGGACUUUAACAUUUGCCUGACGAUGGAUAAUGCCAGCGGCCACCCUCUGGAUUUGUCCUACGAGGGAGUACAUAUUGAGAUCUUGCCAGGUAAUAUUCAGCCUUUGGAUCAAGGCAUCAUUCGGACAUUCAAAGCUCUUUACACUCGGAAUGCCAUGCAGCACCUCGUCGACGCAAGGGAUAGUGUCGAGAAUAUUUCCGUUGGAGAGCUGUGGAAGAAGUUCGACAUUGCAACGGCUCUCCAGGUCAUUCAAAAAUGUCUACAGGAGAUAAAGCCAGAAACCUUGAAUGGAUGUUGGAAAAAGCUGUGGCCAGAAUGUGUCCAAGAGUGCAAAGGCUUCUCUCCUCCUGAAGAAAUUCAGCGUUUGGCGAUGGAUAAGGCAGUCAAGCUGGCAAACCUUUUAGGAGGGGAAGGUUUCGGCAACAUAAUGCCCAAUGACUUGAAUGACCUCCUCGAGAGCCACUCUGAUCCAAUGGCUGACGAUGAUUUGGCUGAGUUCACAAAACCAGCCAGUGUGGAGGCAGAACAAGAAGCUGAUCCAUCGCAGGAGGAUGACGAAGACGAAGGUUUGUCACUUGAAAGGCUGUCAGCGAUGGCAAAAACGGCAAAGGACCUCCAGAGGAUGGUGGACGCGUGGGAUCCUUAUAUGGUUCGGGCAUUGCAAUUCAAGAACGCUAUUGAUGGUGCAAUGCAAACGUACAAGACCCUGCUUACCACUAUGAAGAAACAGCGCCAGCAGUUGCCCGUGACUCCAUUACCUAUCACGCCAGACAAGCCAACGUCAGCCUGUUCAGAGGAACCGCCUGAGUAUAAGGAACUUCUUGCGCUACUCCCUCCUGAAGCGCCUGGAGACGAGGCGCCUUAUGAAGAGCUGUAAAUGCUCUUUUCUGUGCAGUACACUACAAAUCAUCGUCAUCAUCUGCAUUGUACUGCACAGCCAAUAAAUCAUCAUACUCUUCACUCUCAUUUACUUACUGGUAAGUAACUGGUAAGACUUGUGUUGCAUUACAUAUACAUGGUCAUGUUUGCAUAUGUAUAUUUAUAUCUAUAUAUACCGUAUACAUAGACAUACAGUUACACAAUUAUUUUCAUGGAUUUUGCUCAGAACUAACUAGGCUACACAGUGUCGCUGCAAAUGUCUUUUUUUUUUUUAAACACAAAUUUCACCCCUACGUAUAUACAGUACAAAUCUAAUCUUUAUGAGUUUAAAGAGUGUGGGAAGGAAACUAUAGAAAAAAUGCAUUUGUUGGGGUGGUGUCGUUUGUUCGGCGACUUUCUCUUUUUGGGUUCUUGAUGUAUUUUCAUCUGGAUUGCAUAGACACUUUAGACACCUAUUUUUGUUUGAGGUUGAACCUACAAAUGAAACCAAAAGUCUAAACAAACAUUUUGUCAGUCAAUUUAGAGUAAAGAUGCAAUUAAAUCAAGAUCCUUCGUUAUGCAAAAAGAUAAAGACCUGAAACACACUGCCAAAACAACAGAGGAGUCAAGUCAGUCUCCAUAGAUAAACCUUAGAGAGGCUGCAGUUAAACAACUAAAGAGGAGAUUGAAAGAAGUAAAUAUCUGUGGUAAAAGUCUGGGAAAGUGUCACAAAAGAAAAAUAGUAUGGUGAUGUCAAAGGGUAACAGGCUCGAUGCAGUUAUUGUAAGUGAAGGAUUUACAACUAAACACUCAGUGUUUUUCACUUUAAUGUAUUUAAGUCUAUAAAUUACAUUGUAUCCUAAGUUGUAUCCAAUCCAGAUGUAAAUACCUUGAAAUAAAAGUUAAACUGUUGAGCCCUUGUCUCAUAUUCAUCUUGUUUGUUUUCAGUCUACAGCAAAAAUAAAGGAAUUGGCCUUACUCUUCCAAUACUUUCAGAGGGGAGUGUAUACUGUAUAAAGUCCGGGUUGAUAUACCAAAAACCAAGAAGGCGGAAAGUUGCCCAAAAAUGAACAAACAACAAACUCACGGCCAUAACCUCAUUCCGUCGAGGUAAUAAAGUCCAUCUGCUCUCCUUCAUGCC